UAAAAUAUAUAUACUCUUUCUUUUCACUAUAAGAAGAAAGAAAGCUAGCAGAUUAGUAAAAGGGUACAAACGAUGUUGGGGUUGGCUGACAGGCUCCCGUUCUUCGAGCGGAGGAUGAGUACAAUGGAGGAAUCGAGUGAGUUAAGCCAAAAUGAACUUCUUUUCAACCACUACACCGCCGGAAGGGGAUCGCAAACUCUGGGGCAACUUCUGAAGCGGGUCGGUGACAUCAGCGACCACCAGGUGCCGGAGUUCGGCGAGCUCAGCCCCGAGCCUGGUCGGAGUAUUCCCUUUGUUCUUGCAUUCAGCGAUCUUAGUUACAGCGUUAAGGUGUCAAAAAAGCUGUCUUUUUUGCGGCGGGGGAAUGGGGAGUUUUCGAACACGAGGAUGCUGCUGGAUAACAUUUCAGGGGAGGCGAAAGAAGGGGAGAUCUUAGCCGUCCUGGGCGCAAGCGGGUCCGGCAAAUCGACGCUCAUCGAUGCACUAGCCAACCGCAUCUCCAAAGAGAGCUUAAGAGGAUCCAUCUCUCUCAACGGCGAGCCGCUCGACUCCAAGCUCCUUAAAGUCAUCUCCGCCUACGUGAUGCAGGACGAUCUUCUCUACCCCAUGCUCACCGUCCAGGAAACCCUAAUGUUCGCCGCCGAGUUUCGCCUCCCGCGAACGCUCUCGAAAUCCAAGAAGAAGAGCCGAGUCCAGACGCUGAUCGAUCAGCUUGGUCUCCGGCGGGCUGCGAAGACCAUCAUCGGCGAUGAGGGACACAGAGGCGUUUCCGGUGGCGAGCGGCGGAGGGUUUCGAUCGGCACGGACAUUAUACACGAUCCCAUUAUUCUGUUCCUCGACGAGCCGACCUCGGGGCUGGACUCGACCAGCGCCUACAUGGUGGUGCAGGUGCUGAAGCGGAUUGCGGAGAGCGGGAGCAUUGUUAUCAUGUCCAUUCACCAGCCUUCGUACAGAAUCCUCGGCCUCCUGGACCGCCUCCUCUUCCUCUCCCGCGGCCAAACCGUCUUCAGCGGCACCCCCAACACCCUCCCCCACUACUUCGCCGAAUUCGGCAAACCCAUCCCCGAAAACGAGAACCGAACCGAGUACGCCCUCGACGUCAUUCGCGAGCUCGAAUCCACCCCCGGCGGCGCCAAACCCGCCACUAACUCUCGCCGCACGCCGGAGCUGUUCGGCAUCCGCCUUGGGGCUGUUCUCGUCACCGGGUUUAUUCUUGCCACGAUUUUCUGGAAGCUUGAUAAUUCGCCCAAGGGCGUGCAGGAACGAAUGGGUUUCUUCGCCAUAGCCAUGUCCACAAUGUUCUACACAUGCGCGGACGCGCUCCCCGUCUUCCUUCAAGAACGCUACAUCUUUAUGCGCGAGACGGCCUACAACGCCUACCGCCGCUCCUCCUACGUGCUCUCCAACGCCAUCGUCAGCUUCCCAUCCCUUGUCCUCCUCUCCGCUGCCUUCGCCGCCACCACAUUUUUCGCCGUGGGGCUCGCCGGUGGCACUGAAGGCUUCAUCUUCUUCUUCCUCAUCGUCCUCGCCUCCUUCUGGGCGGGCAGCGGCUUCGUCACCUUCCUCUCCGGCAUUGUCUCCCACGUCAUGCUUGGCUACACCAUCGUCGUCGCCAUCCUCGCCUACUUUCUUCUCUUCAGCGGCUUCUUCAUAACGAGGGACAGAAUUCCCGCGUACUGGAUUUGGUUUCAUUAUCUCUCGCUGGUGAAGUAUCCGUACGAGGGGGUGCUGCAGAACGAGUUUGAUAAUCCGAGGAAGUGUUUUGUUAGGGGUGUGCAGAUGUUCGACAACACGCCGCUGGGGGCUCUGCCGACGUUGGUGAAGGUGAAUGUUCUGAAGGCGAUGAGUGAUUCGCUUGGGGUGGGAUUGACGAGCCGGACGUGUAUUACGACGGGGACGGAUAUAUUGAAGGAGCAAGGGGUGACGGAUUUGAGCAAAUGGGGGUGCUUUUGGGUUACUGUGGCGUGGGGUUUCUUGUUCAGGAUAUUCUUCUACUUUGCGUUGUUGGCAGGAAGCAAGAACAAGAGAAGUUAGACGAUGAAUGAAGGCAGGAAGAGAUGAAGGACGUGAUGCAUGCAUGUAUUCAGACUGAUAUAUAUGAAUAUAUAUAUAGAUAUAUAUACAUAGGCAUUGAAA